CGUAUUUUACCGCUGUCGGUGGCGGCUCGGUUCGGAAAAAUAAAAUCGAGUUACUGUACGAUCACUCCGCUACUUUGCUCAACGGGCAAGCAUCAGCCUCCAGUGACGUCACUACAACCCCUCUCAAAUUGAACGGCGAUCGCGUGGCGAACCGGACUGAGCUUUUGUACCUCCAGCACCCGCUCCCGGGCUCUUUCUGACCAGACAAAGCGCAGCGUGGACGUGGAUCUCAGUACGGGAAAGGGGGAAGAGCACCGAUUUCAGUUGGGCGUGGUAGACCAGAGGAAAAGUCGCUUUACCUUCCAGCUGAAGUUUAAAGAAACUAGCGGUCGCCAUGUCACUGUCGGUACCGCAAAACGGCGUCAAGGGAGACAACGAGCCGAUUAUCGAGCUGUUUGUCAAGGCGGGAAGCGAUGGCGAGAGCAUUGGAAACUGUCCCUUCUCCCAACGCCUGUUUAUGAUCCUGUGGCUCAAAGGCGUCGUCUUCAACGUCACCACCGUGGACCUCAAGAGGAAGCCUGCAGAUUUGCAGAACCUUGCCCCAGGCACGCAUCCUCCCUUCGUCACCUUCAACGGCGAGGUCAAAACAGACGUCAACAAGAUCGAGGAGUUCCUUGAGGACGUCCUCUGCCCGCCCAAGUAUGUCAAACUUGGGGCGAGACACCCCGAGUCAAACACAACCGGCAUGGACAUCUUUGCCAAGUUUUCCGCCUUCAUUAAGAACUCCAAACCAGAUGCAAAUGAAGCUCUGGAGCGCGGGCUGCUGAAGACCCUGCAGAAGCUGGACGAAUAUCUUCGCUCACCCUUGCCUGACGAGAUCGACCACAACAGCAUCGAGGACGUCAAGGUUUCCACCCGCAAAUUCUUGGACGGAGAAGAAAUGACCCUGGCCGACUGCAAUUUGCUGCCGAAGCUGCAUAUUGUCAAGGUGGUGGCCAAGAAAUACAGAGAUUUCGACAUCCCCAAAGAGAUGACGGCCAUCUGGAAAUACCUGAACAACGCUUACACGCGCGAGGAGUUCACCAACACCUGUCCGAGUGACCUGGAAAUCGAAAUCGCAUACGCAGAUGUAGCCAAGAGGCUGGUCAAAUAAGCUCGCUUGUCUCCAAGCCCCAUAUCUCUACACGCCCCACACAGCACACGGACUAGAGUGCAAACACACACACACACGAGAAUGAAAAUAUCGUUGUUCCCCCUUUCCCGGUUCAUCAUAUGUCACGAGUUGGGUGAGCAGACAUGAAUCGUUUUUUCCGUUUGCUGAUGAAUUGUUAGGCGCUACCACGGCAAAGCAGGCAGCCCGUUAGCGGGGGCUUACCAAAAAUCCGGAUCACCUUCACGCUCUGAUAAGUGACCUUUAAAGUGACCUUCUCCCUGCAUGCAGAGGCAAGGCCACAAACAAGAGUAGCAAAAUUGGUGAACUCUUAAGAAGCGUCUUUUGGCUUGUGAACAAUGUUCAGUGUUUUGUUUGUUUUGACCAAAACUAAUCCCAAACCUGUGUUCAUCGACUUGGUCUGCUAAAUCAGUUUGUUAUCCCAGGUAAAGUCAGCCGGUAACCAAACUCAUUUUUGUAGCUCUACUGGGGAAUCUUCUCAACAAAGUCAAAACUUGAGGUCUAGCAGCUUCAUGUAAUUUAUAUGUAGCUCACUCAUGCCUUGUAUGAUUCACCACAUUGCCAUGUCGAGGGAAAUGUGCACUGAAACAGCAACGCCAAAAAAGCUAACUCAAGUUGCAGGAAAAAAAAAAAAGGGCACAUUAUUCUGGUCAGGGAAAGUAGAAAACCCAGACGCCAACUUUCACUCACUGGUGUCAAUGGUUGACGAUUCAAAAAGCACCUGGCAGAAUAGCAUGAAAAGAAAUCUUCAGUUUGUUGGUUAAUCUCAAACUAGUGAAUGUAUUAAUGAUCAGAGUAGCUCAACAAGUGCUUUAGCGUGUAGUGCCGAAAAAAAUUAUUUUGUCCAACAGUUAUCACUUUUUUUCUUGUUAGGAUAGAAUUUUGCUUCAAGGAAUUGUAAAUAUUUGUUUGAUCACUCGAAUUUCAAUGUGUACAUUUUAUACAUAGCAUGGACACGGUUGGAAGAACCGGGCCAUUUCCCGCCCGCUCAGAUUUCAAUUUUUGAUGAGCGUUCAUCUCUUUGCCUUACUUCGCAGCAUUUUAAUUCAAUGCGUGUUUUCCCUUGCACCAAGUUGUGCUCUGUUGUUAUAAUUUUAUUUUUUUUCCAAGCACCAACUUUAAAUAAACUUGUUAUUGGCAGUGUU